AUGACAGUAGCUGCGUAUGCUAAGAAAUUUGAAGAUAUGGCUGCUUAUGUUAGACAAGCCGCAUACGCACCCAAUGAGAAGUGGAAGAUUGAUCAUUUCCUUUUUGGUCUAAGAGGUGGAAUUUCUCAUAGUGUUUCUCAAAGGGAAUUCACUACUUAUGCUGAAUUGUUAAGGAAAUGCUAUGUGGCUGAGAACAGUUUGAAGAAAGUUCAAGAAGAAAGGGAUCAGUAUAGGAGUGGACAGAAAGACCAAGGGAGGCUAGGUAACCAGUUUAGGCCUAGACCUCAAGCUUUCAAGGGGAAACAAGUGCAGCAUGCAAGACCCAACCAUCAACCACAAUAUCAAGUGUGUAAGAGGUCUCAUUUUGGAAGAUGUGUUGGAAGUGGAAUUAAGUGUUUUACUUGUCAAAGGGAGGGACACAUGGCUAGGGAUUGUCCUCAGAAUAAGAAUCAGAUGCAAGGGGGGAGCACUGGUCGAGUUUAUACUUUGGAUGCGAGGAAGGAUAAGAGCAAUAAUGCCUUGAUUGCUGCAAUUCCCUUGCCUCCUCCUAUGGUGGUUACUACCUCCAUGGAUGAUUUGGUUGAGACACCGUUGAUUUGUGAAAAUUGUUCGCUCUCGGUGAAUGGUAGGAUUUUCCAGAUUGAUCUUAUUUGUUUGCCACUUAAGAAGGUUGAUGUGGUUUUAGGGAUAGAUUGGAUUUCCGCCAACUCAGUGUUUAUUGGAUGUGAAGAGAAAUUGAUUAUCAUUCCAUCUAGUGAAGCUAAAGGAUGUAUUAACUACUAUCUUGGAAGGAUCGACCUUGAUUCCUCUUGUUUGCCCACAACAAGCCUCGGCAGCUCACCGGACAACACUCCAUAA